AUGGAUGAUUUACAGCAAGAUGAGGUUGAAAAUUUCUUACAGAAUAAUCCAGAUUUCGUUCGCAAAUGGCAAUCUCGGCAUUCUACAGAGGACGACAAAAGGGAAAGCUUUAUAGACAGUUUGCAAGGAGAGGAGGGGACCAGUUCUACUAUACAUCCCGAUGAAUUAGAUACAGACAAUAUAAAAACAAGAAAAUAUAUAGCCGCAGUGACAGAGAAUGAACUAUACAGGGAAUUUAUAAAAGAUACUGUUUUCUCCAUUGAUGUCGACAAACAGUGUCAUAAAAUUCUUCAAAAUGCUUGUAUCAUCCUCGACUGUGACAGAGCCAGCUUAUUUCUGUUACAUGGAAUUGCUAAAAAGCUACACUUAGUUUCCAAACUCUUUGACGUUACAGCCACCUCGGUUAUGGAGGAUACAAUUCACAACGAAGAAAAUGCCAUUCGCAUUCCUUUCGGGAAAGGAAUUGUCGGAUAUGUAGCUGAAUACAGUUGUCUAUUGAACAUUAAAGAUGCCUACGAAGACGAACGUUUUUUACAUGAGAUUGAUAAAUCAACGGGGUUCUGUACGAAAAGUAUUCUAUCUGUACCAAUUACGGAUAGAGAUGGCGUCGUAAUAGGUGUAGCUCAAGCAUUGAAUAAGAAACAUGAUCGUUAUUUCGAUUCGAAUGAUGAAAAUAUAUUUCAGAACUUUUCGUCGUUUUGUGGAAUCAGUAUUAAUAAUGAACAGUUGUUAGAAAUAUCACAAGUGGAAUUUAAACGCCACAAGUUAUUGCUAAAACUUGCCAAAUUUGUUCUGAAAGAGCAAAUCAAUUUUCGAAAGCUUAUAUCAGAAAUUCUUCGACAUGCCAUGGAUAUGUUAAACUGUAGCAAGAUUUGUGUUUAUUUGACAGAAAACAGAAUGGAUGCGGCCUCUCCGACGAUAUCGUCUAAAGUUUUCCAGUUAUUAAAAGACGAAGAAGAAGUGAAGGAAGUUCCGUUAGAUCCGAAAUAUAUAAUACCAAUUGAUCAAAAUUUAAAAAGUAUCAAUAUAAUCGAUAUAAUUCGAUUACAAAGUGAAUCAAAAGAGUUGUUAAUCACUGUUGAAGGUGAUGUCGGCCGUUGGCUACUGUGUAUGACAAUAACAAAUGCUACAAGUGAGGUCGUCGGUUGCAUAAUAUUUGAGAGACAUUCCAAAGAUGUUUUCGACCAAAGUGACAUCAACCUAAUGGAGACGUUUGCAUUGAUUUGUGGAAUCAGUAUUCAUAAUUGUCGCAUAUAUGAACGUUCUGUUAGGAUGUUGGCACAGGGAGAAGUAAUGAACGAUGUGCUGGCAUUUCAUACCACAUGCGACCGGAAACUUAUCGAACCUUUCUUAAAAGUCGAGCCACGAUCCGCUGAAGAGUAUCAAUUAUAUUCCUAUGCCUUUAUUGAAUCUGUAUUUACAGAUGAUGAAAUUGUUUCGUUGUGUGCUCGUGUGUUUCUUGAUAAAAAUGCUUUGACCAUAUUAAAUUUACCGAUUGAUAUUUUAUACAGGUUUAUUUUAACAGCAAAGAAGAAUUAUCGCCCAAAUAUUUUCCAUAACUGGCGCCACGGUGUACUGGUAUUUCAAAUGAUGUUUUAUUUUUUGACCUGUUCACGAAUACAAUAUUAUUUCACAGAAUUUGAACAGAUUUGUUCCCUUAUUGCUUCUUUACUGCAUGAUCUUGACCACAGAGGGACAAAUAAUAAAUUUCAAGUGAAGAUAUCAUCUCCGCUCACUACAUUAUACGAUACGUCCGUCUUGGAACACCAUCAUAUAGAUAGAGCUAUCAGGAUGUUAAACACCGCCGAAACCAAUAUAUUCCAGAAUCUCUCGGCUGAAAAUUAUCAGCACGGUCUUAAAUUUAUCGAGAAAGCGAUUCUUGCCACAGAUGUAAAAGAUCUUAAUGAAGUAAUUAAAAGUUUUAGAGAGGAAAUCAAAAAGGGCGACAAAGGUUUUCAGUGUCAAGAAAGCAUUGAUUUAUUAAUAACCGUUAUAAUGGCAGCCUGUGAUCUUUCAGCUGCUACGAAACCAUGGUCGUUUGAAAGAAAUGCUGCAGUUAAGAUUGCAGCCGAAUUUUUCGAGCAGGGGGAUCAAGAAAAAACUUUACAGCAAGAUGUCGAAGAUCUCAUGGAUCGUGAAAAUAGAUACAAAUUUCCUGAAAUGGAAGUGAAGUAUUUUGAUACUCAAUGUGUUCCGAUUUUUCAAGUUUUAUCUGAAAUGGAUGCUAAUCUGACUCAUUUGUAUGAAGGGGCAUUGGAGAAUCGAAAUCAUUGGGCCCAUAUAGCUGAAGGUAUCGAGCUUUUUGACAUUGAUUCCGAAAUUGAGACUCUUUAUAAUGAAGAAAUGAGUUUGAAAGAAGCAAAAUAUCACGAAAUUGUAACACCUAAAAUAUCACGCAUUCAGUCUGAAAAUGUUGCGUUAGGAAUGGCAACAUCGUCUACUCAGACUACUUUUGUUCUCGCUGAAGAAAGUCAACGACUACGUCAAAAGACAUCUCAAACGGAUGAUGAUUUGUCUACAAUGUCUUACUCCGAAUCUCGUGCUUUAACGAACGCCAUAAAAAGUUUUUAUACGGAAAAACUUCUCGCAGUAACGGUAAGGCCAAUCGGUAAAAGAAUCCGAAAAAUUAAUAUAGGGACGCAAGUGAAAUUUUCAAAUGGUGAUAGUGAGUUCUCUAGUAGAGCCAUGUCCCUUGAACCAUCCAAAACAUUUUCAGACUCAUGGUUAAAAACAAAUAAACCCCCUACAAGUAUGAAUCUCGAUGGAGCAGAACAAGAAGCGAUGGGUUGUUCGUCAGACAUAGGUAGCUGGACAGCUGCUUGUGUAACAUUUGAAACGCCUGAACAAAAGAUGAGAGCUUUGAGACCUGUGAUCUCUAAACAGACGCUAGACAUGGAAAGAUUUACAAUGAGUGCAGAAGAAAGAGAAAAAAUUUCUAAUGUUGCAGUGAAAGACCUCAAUCAAGGUCGAAGAAGAAGAUGUUUAAAGAAAAUUCCACGGAGUAAACCAGUUCUUACAAGCAAGAGAACCAAAAGGCAGGACGAUUUUAUGGAAAAGUAUGUGUGUAAGAUUUCAUAA